UGCAAGAGCAGAGUGUUUAAUUCCAUUCAACUUAGUACGUGUUCAAGGUAUAUUGCCAAACAUGGAAUUGGAAGGAGAGACAAAACCUUGGCUUAUGUAUUUUUCAGCUAAAGCUCCAAAAAAUCUAACCUUUUGCAGCAUAUCUGAUCCAACCAAAUCCUACUCUACAACGAUUCCAGAUGAUUGGAGCAAACCAUAUUUAAGGCUAUGUACUGUACAACAUGGUUGGUUUCUUUGGGAAGACAAGAUAUCAAAUUAUGAUAGUAAAUUAUUUCUUUGGAACCCACUCAACCUUGAGAAAAUCAUGCUACCACCCCUGAAACACUGUUGCAAUAGUUUUGGUAAUUGCAUUUUGUCAUCCCCUCCAACUACAUGUGAUGAAAUAUGCUCCAUUUUUUUAUUUUCAUCACAUAGCCCUUCAAUAUUCUACUACCAACUUGGAGAUAAGCAAUGGACUAAAUUGUGUUCUUAUGACGACAUUGUGAAGGCUUUAGCCAUGAAGGGUGCUGCUCCUCGUAGGGGAAGACUUACCUUGUUUGAAGAACCUGUUUACUUCCGUGGUUGCCUGUCUGCAAGAAUGUGGACUACGAUUGGGAUCAUUGUUGUAGCAAUUGAAGUUAAACCUAAUGUCAAGUUAAGACUUGGACCACUUUGGGAUAGGCAACCACCUAUUAUUAGUGGUUUUGAGCAAAUUAUAUGUAAAUUGAUUGGAUUCGACAAUGUAAUAUUUCGAAUAAAAGUUUUGCAUGCGCACGAUAGGGUUGUUGCAGUUUUUGUUCACAAAUCUGAUUGUUAUCAAGGAGUGUGGAAAAAGGUGGAAAACAUCAAGGAUAAAGUGUUCUUUAUAUCCUGUUAUGACUCGGCAUUUGCUUGCCAAGCAAUCAAUCCAGAAACUGAAGGAAGUCGCAUCUAUAUCGCCUUAAAGAAUUGCAAUUUUUUCUAUAUUUACAAUAUUGAAGACAAAAGUCUUGCAACUUCUCAACAUUUCUCCAAUUUAUCAAAAACUCUUGCUUACUCAAUGUGGUUCAUGCCAGAAACCAGGAUGACUGGUCCGCUUAAAGAAGAAAUAGGAAAAGCUCAUCAAGUUAGACAAAGAGAAAGUAUAUCUGAAGUAGUUCAUUCAAAGGAUACAGAGGAUAAAGCCCCUAAUGGAUUGUCACUCCCUCGAGAUGUGAUUGAAGUGAUUGCAAAACGUAUUAACAAUGUGCUUGAUUAUUUGCAUUUUCGAGCUAGCAAUAAACUCCUUCGUCAAGCUGCACCGCCGAUUCAAUGGAGAUCAUCUUCUUCCAUGUCAAUGUCAAGGUUCGAUGAUCUCUCAAUGUGUCCUAUAUUUGCAUUCUCAGAGAAGGAUAAAAUCAUCAAUUUUGUGCAUCCGAAGCAUGGUCUCGAGUACAAAAACAUCAUAAAGUUUCCUCAGAAUCUAUAUCAGUUCAUGAAUUAUGAAAUUUGUUGUUCAAAAGAUGGUUGGCUAUUACUCGUGGCGUUUCAACGAGGUUAUCAAGUUUUCUUCAACCCCUUUACAAAAGAAGUGCUACCACUUCCAUCUGGGAAUAAACGAAUAUCGAAUAUCAGGUGUUUUGGCAUGUCACAUUCCCCAACCUCUUAUGAAUGUGUGACUGUCGAGUUGAUUAAAAUUAAAAACAUCACGACAGCACAUGUACAUCAACUUCGGGAAGGGCGUCAUCGCCUUAUCAAUUUUGAAGACAAGAAAUUUCCUCUCUUCAACAUAAAUCCUGCUUUUCAUAAUGGAUUAUUUUAUUUUCUUAGUGUAACAGGAAAGUUAGCAAUUAUAGAAGAAAAAGGGGAAGAAAUAAGUUGGAAAAUACUUGAGAAGCCUCAAGCUCCAUGUAGCAGCCACUUCAAUAACUUUCUAGUUGAAUGUGAUGGCAAUCUAUUGACAGUAUUUGAGAGUCCUUUUGCAAAAGGGGUUCAAGUGUUCAAGUUGAAUGAUGAUACAAUGACAUGGAUGAAAGUUACAAGCCUAAAAAAUCAUAUGCUAUUUGUUGGCAAAACAUCCUUUUCUGCAGUGGCAAACAUUCCUGGAAUGGAAAACAAAAUCUAUUUUAAUAGAUUUUAUGGUGAUAGUGUUGUGUUUUAUUCUUUAGAAACAAACAAUUAUCACACAUUCAAAAAUGAUGAAGUGGUGAAUUUUCAUCAUGUAAGAGAACAAUUGAAUGGUACCUGGAUUCAGCCAAAAUGGCACCAAGUUUAAGCUGUUAACAAGUUAUGAAAAGAUCAAAUU